AAUACCCAUAUUAUCAAUGAUAAUAGAAUCUAUCCGCCACAAUAUUAAUUUUAAUAAUAAUAACAUUUCUAAUAGUAUUUAGUAUUUUCCUUCAUAAUUUAUUACUACGAAUGAAAGUUGAAAGUAUUUGUAAGAUUUAUGAUGUUAAAAUAUUUGUUUUGAGGUCAUGUCAUCAGUUUGUCCUUUUAAUGUUAUGGUCAUUGUCAUGACUGAUCAAUCAUAAAACUCACAAAUGUAUUUACUCUUUAAUAAUAAUAUAAAACCGGUACUGUAUGAGUAUAUUAAAUAUACUAAAUUUACAUCAUACUUUCAAUAAAAAAAGGUAAUUAACCAAUGUUUAAAAAAGUAGGAAGUUUUGUUUUUACAUGUUUUAAAUAUUUUUGUGUUGCUCAUUGUGUAACAGAACAUGUAGCAGAUGUAUUCUUAUGUUCAGGUGAUUCCAUGGAACCGUCUAUCCACUCUGGUGAUUUGGUAAUUAUUCAACGUUUCUCAAAGAUGUUCAAAAAUGUAGAUAAAGGGGAUGUAAUUAUUGCAAAGUCGCCUGAAGAAUAUAAUAAAUUCAUUUUGAAGAGAGUGAAAGCUGUUGACGGCCAAAUGGUUAGAAGAGGAAUAAAUUAUCAAGUGGUUCCAAAAGGAUCAGUAUGGUUGGAAGGUGAUAAUCAUACAAAUUCAACAGAUUCUUGGGAUUUUGGUCCUGUACCUAAAGGAUUAAUACAUGGACGUGUUGUUUGUCGAAUUUGGCCUUUAUCAAAUUUCUCAUUGAAAAUUUGAUGAAAUGGCUAAUGUAGUAGAUAGAAAGCACAAAUAAAAGUUGUGAUUGUUGAUUA